AUGGGAACGGAGGGGCGAGACGGUGGUGGCGGGGCCCUCUUUGAGACCACGGCGGCGGAGGGGCGGCAGGGGUACAGGCUCUUCGCGGGUUCAGUGUUGGUGGGAAUCUCUCUUAUCUGGGCUUACAGAGCUACCCACAUCCCGGCGGAGGGCGGAGCAAAGUGGGCUUGGAUAGCCCUGCUCGCCGCCGACGUCUGGUUCGGCCUUUACUGGCUCCUCACUCAGUCCGUCCGCUGGAGCCCCUCCCGCCGCCAAACCUUCAAGAAUCGCCUCUCCCAAAGGUACCCAUCUCCCUCUCUUUCUCCGCCUUUCUCUUACCCUCUCUAUCUAUCUAUCUAACGGGGGAGGGAGGAAGAAGGUACAAAGAGGAGUUGCCGACGGUGGACGUGUUCGUUUGCACGGCGGACCCGAAGAUCGAGCCGCCGGCGCUGGUGAUGAACACGGUGCUGUCGGUCAUGGCGUACGACUACCCGCCGGAGAAGCUCAGCGUGUACCUCUCCGACGACGGCGGGUCGGAGCUCACCUUCUACGCCCUCCUGCAGGCGGCGGGCUUCGCUCGGGAGUGGAUCCCCUUCUGCCGCCGGUUCCAGGUCGAGCCCCGUUCGCCCGCCGCCUACUUCCGCGCCGCCACCGCGGCGCCGCCCACCGCCGCCGCCGACGAGCGGCGAGCCAUCGAGGUAAUAAUGCUGUCGGAGUUCUUUAUAAGAUCCCUUCCUCCCAUCUCAUGGUUUCGACGAGUGAGGAGGGUUUGACUUUUUUCAACCUAACAGAGAUAGAAACGCCCACCGACACAUAAUUUCGACAUCUAGUGAUCCGGGCCGUCCUUUUUUGGAUCAUUGGGUUGACUUUCUCCUAUCCCUUCCAUUAUUUGUACAUAUCAACAAAUGGUUAAUAUGGUAUUUCAAUUCUCUAUUUAAUUUGAAAAUUAUAGUAAUAUUUUGGACGAUUGGUCGUGAAUGGCUAAUUAAUUCCUCAAUAUUAUCUUCCCAUUAUUCGUAAUUACUGCAGAAACUGUACAAGGAGAUGGAGGAGAACAUCCGUACGGUCACCGAGCUGGGAAGGAUACCGGAAGACAUCCGCGGAGAGCACAAGGGAUUCCUAGAAUGGCUUCCGGGAACCACUUCUCGGGAUCACCAGUCCAUAGUCCAGGUAACUCAUUCUCAGCAAUCUUUUAUCUUCCUGGGCUCUUGAGUUAUUUUCGUGCCUAUAUUUUUAUAAACAAUUAAAAAUAAAACAAAAUCAAUAAAUAUACCAACAGAUACUGAUCGAUGGGAGAGAGCCGGAUGCUGUGGAUGUCGACGGCCGCCCACUGCCGACCCUCGUCUACGUGGCCCGCGAGAAGAGACCUCACCGCCACCAUAACUUCAAAGCUGGGGCGAUGAACUCCUUGGUAACUCAUCAUCAUCAUCAUCAUCAUCAUCAUCAUCAUCAUCAUCAUCAUCAUCAUCAUCAUCAUGGGGGGAUCAUAAUCAUGAUCAUCAUUGUGAUGGUCGUGGUGAUCGCAGAUGAGGGUCUCGUCGGAGAUAAGUGGGGGGCGGAUGAUACUCAACGUGGACUGCGACAUGUACUCGAACGACUCGCAGUCGGUGAGGGACGCGAUGUGCUUCUUCAUGGACGAGGGGGCAGGGGAUGAGAUCGGCUACGUCCAGUUCGCUCAGAAGUUCGAGAACGUGACCAAGAACGACCUCUACGGCAGCUCCUUGACCAUAAUCACCGAGGUACGGGCCUCCUUUCCCCGGGUUGCACGCCAACUGGAUAGAGAGAGGGAGAGAGUAGAGUUUUGGGCAGACCCAAGUUAGGACGGGGGAUGGACUCAGCUGGGUCGGGUCUAAUUUUCUCCGGGCCCGACGCCACCUGGGGUAGCGAGAGAGAGAGAGAGAGAGAGAGCAGAUUUUUGGGCAGACCCAAGUUAGGACGGGGGAUGGACUCAGCUGGGUCGGGUCUAAUUUUCCCCGGGCUCGACACCACCUGGGUAGGUAUAUGUAUAUAUAUAUAGAGAGAGAGAGAGAGAGACAGACAGACAGACGGACAGAGCCUCAGAUUUUUGGAGCAGACCCAGUCAGGACGGGGGACGGACUCAGCUGGGUCGGUUCUAGUUUUCCCCGGGCUUGCUUUGAUCUUGCUUGAUAAUUAUUUGGCUUAAUUUAGCAAAGUUGGGGCCAACUGAUAUGGUUGACGAUCUAGUUUAAGAUGAGGACUAAGAUUGUUUUUAUGUAAUGGUGAUGUUGGUUUUGGAGGUGGAUUUCCACGGGCUGGAUGGUGUCGGAGGGCCGCUGUACACGGGCUCGGGGUGCUUCCACCGAAGAUGGUCUCUGAUGGGUAACAAGUACAGCGACGACUUCCGGGAAGACUGGAAGGCUGGUGGAAGGAGAAGCCUCAAAGAGAUCAGUGCCCUUGCCUUGGAGCAAAGAGCCAAGGUCCUUGCUGAUUGCAUCUUCGAGGACAACACCGAAUGGGGGAACGAGGUACCCCCUCUCCGUCUCCUUCCCGCUCUCUCCAUCUAUCUUCGUGUCUUUCUAUCUCUCUAUCUGUCUAUCUCUCUCUUCUCUCUCUACUGUCUCUCCCAUAAUGAUCCGCAGGUGGGUCUGUCUAUCUUUCUCCUCUCUAUCUCUCUCUCUUUCUCUCUCUCUCUCUAUCUCUAUCUAUCUAUCUAUCUAUCUAUCCUCUCUCUUUCUCUCUCUCUCUCUCGACUGUCUCUCAAGGAAAGAAUGAUCCGGGCAGGUCGGUCUCAAGUACGGGUGCCCGGUGGAGGACGUGAUAACCGGGCUGUCGAUUCAGUGCAAGGGCUGGAAGUCCGUCUUCUUCAACCCCACGCGGGGGGCCUUCCUGGGGAUCGCCCCCAUGACGCUCUCCCAGACGAUCCUCCAGCACAAGCGCUGGUCCGAGGGCGACUUCCAGAUCCUCCUCUCCCCCUUCUCCCCCUUCCUCUACGGUCGUCACUCCACUGGCCUUCUCCUCCAGAUGGGCUACUCCAUCUACUGCCUCUGGGCCCCGAACUCCAUCCCCACCAUUUGCUACUCCCUCAUCCCAUCUCUCUCUCUCCUCGGCCGCACCACCCUCUACCCCCAGGUAAACCGAUUCCAUUUGGGUUCUCUUCCUUUCCUGGAUAGGUCGUUCACAGGGAGACUGAAUAUGAUUCUUUUCCGGCAGGUUUCCAGCCUCUGGUUCUUGCCCUUCGCUUACGUCGCCGUCGCCGCCGCCGGGUACGGCCUCUGGGAGGCCCUCCGGUGCGGCAUGACGGCGAGGGGAUGGUGGAACGAGUGGAGGAUGUGGCUGUACAAGAGAUUCACCUCGUAUCUGUUCGGGUUCCUGGACACCCUUCUUCUGAAGGCGGGCUUCAGAAACUCCACCUUCGUCAUCACGGAGAAGGUCACCGGCAAGGACGUCGCCGGCAGGUUCGAAAGGGAGGAGAUGGAGUUCGGGGCUUCGUCCCCUUCCCUGUCGUUGACCAUCCUGGCGACGCUCGCCAUGGUCAACCUCUUCUGCCUGGCCGCAGCUGUGUGGAGGAUGGCGGCGGCGGAGGCGACGGCGGCGUUUCUCGGGGAGUUCUUCUUCCAGCUUCUGAUCUGCGGGCUUCUGGUCGCGAUCAACGGCCCUGUUUACAGGGCAAUGUUCUUCCGCAAGGACGGCGGCCGGAUGGCCGCCUCUGUGACCGUUACCUCGACGGCAGCGGCGGCGGCGGUGGUGUGCCUCGCAGCGGCGCUCAUGGCGUCCCCACGAGGGUUUAUCUGA